UAUUUUAAUAAUUCCAUGAGGCGAGACGAAUCACUAAUUGUGAAUGGAUCGUUUGGAAACAUAAAGCGUCUUUGUUUAGUUUUUAGCUGCAAAUCGGAAUCUAUAUUCAUAAUGAAUCAGCAGCAGCCACACGUGGUGUUUGAUGCUGUUGGAACUAUUAUUGCAGCAAUCGUGGACAAUUUGCCGCGCAAUCAAGACAUGUCCGAGUGGACGCCAUUACACACAGCUUGCUUGUUAGGGGAAACUGAUCGUGCAAGGCAAAUUUUAGAAGAAAAUCAGCAACUUCUUAAGCUAGUCAAUCCAAAUGGUUGCAACGCUUUACACUUAGCUUCUUCCAUCGGCCAAUUACAGACGGUAGAGUUGCUGUUAACAUUUGUUGCCGAUCAGCCAGUUAAUAAGAAAGAGCUUUGCGUGAAGAGAGAUAAAGAUGGAAGAAUUCCUCUUCAUCAUGCGGUGAUUAACGGUAGCUUUGAAGUUGUGAACAAAUUGCUUGAAACUUGUCCGGAAUCGGUUUUAGAAGUAACUGAUCAAAGGGAGACGGUGUUUCACCUUGCUGUGAAGAAUAAAGUUUCUCCUUCUAAUGAGCUCUUCACAGUCCUUCUUGGACAGCCAUAUUCUAGCUAUCUAUUGAAUUUGGCUGAUAGAAAAGGCAAUACAGUUCUGCAUUUGGCCAUAGUUCGGAAACAGUUUCAGAUAGUAAAGCUCUUGAUUUUCGGGGAACACAAACAGAGCUUGGAAGUGAACGUAGUAAACUCCCAUGGGCUUACACCUUUGGAUCUUCUAGUAAUUGAUCCCAUGAACAAGAUAGAUAGAGAGAUAGAAACGAUGAUUAUGUUUGCAGGUGGAAUAAGGUUAAAUGAGAGCCAUGAACGACGUGAUAACUUGAAAGGUAUAACAAGCGGACUCUUCGUUAUGGCAUCACUUGUUGAAAAUCAUGCAAGGCAAAUUUUAGAAGAAAACCCAGAAUUUCUCAAACUAGUCAAUCCAAAUGGUUGCAACGCUUUACACUUAGCUUCUUCCAUUGGCCAAUUACAGACGGUAGAGUUGCUGUUAACUUUUGCCGAUCAGAAUGCAAUUAAUAAAAGAGAGAUAUGUAUGAAGGGAGAUAAAGAUGGAAGAAUUCCUCUUCAUCAUGCAGUGAUUAACGGUAGUGUCGAAGUCGUGAAGAAAUUACUUGAAGCUUGUCCAGAAUCCAUGUUAGAGGUAACUGAUCAAAGGGAGACCGUAUUUCACCUUACUGUGAAAUAUAAAUUAUCUCCUUCUAAUGAGCUCUUCACAGUUCUAAUUGGACAACCAUAUACAGACUAUCUAUUGAAUUUGGCUGAUAGAGAAGGCAAUACGGUGCUGCAUUUGGCCGUAGUUCGGAAACAGAUUCAGAUAGUAAAGCUCUUGAUGAAAGGGAUAACCUACCAUGGCUUGGAAGUGAACGCUGUAAACUCAUCUGGACUUACCCCUUUGGAUCUUCUAGUAGUUGAUCACAUGAGCAAGAAAGAUAGACACAUAGAAAAUAUACUUAUAUCUGCAGGUGGAUUAAGGUUAAGUGAGGGUCACGAACAACGCGAAAAUUUGAAAAGUAUAACAAGCGGACUUUUUGUUAUGGCAUCACUUAUUGCUGCGGCUUGCUGCCAGGUUGCUGUUUACCUACAAGGCAGUUUCUGGACACAAAGCUCAUCUGCCAAUGUUACCUCUUCAAGCUCCAACGAAACGGCUUCCAUAGCAAAGCUCCUGUACAUUGACAAGAAAUACAACAAAUAUACCUUAUUCAUGUUAUUGGACGGUGUGGCCCUUAUGUCCUCAAUUUGUCUCAUAGUACUUCUACUAUUACCAACAAAAGCUAAAUAUACCUUGGAGAAAUUGGCUGGCUUGCGCCUUCUGGCUUACCUGACUACCAUAUUUUUUAUUUUUUUAUUCUUAGCAUCGGUGUUUUCUAGGAUGAGGUUGAAAGCUGAAGAUCUUGCAUACUUGCUUCUUCUGCCUUUUCUGAUAUUUAUUGUGGCUAUGGUAUUAAUUCCUAUUCGUUAUUAUCCGAUAUCCAAGAAGAUGAAGGAGAUUGUCAAUUGCCUUCUGAAUAGGUGAGUUGGUUUUUCCUUUGUAAGCAUAUAUUGAGUGUUAAAAUUUUUUUUUUUCGUCAGUAUUAUGUAGCUUGAUGUUAGUGAAGCAAUAUUGGUUUUUCCUUUGUAAGCAAUAUUGGUUGAUGUUAGUGUUUAAAGUUUUCAUUGAUGAGACUUGUUAAAGGAAAGGACUUUCCCUUGC